AGCCCUGCCGCCCCCCUGUGGGACCCGCCGCCCUGAGGGAGCAGAAGCCAGCGGGCGAACACAAGGAAUCCCGAACGUGUGUGACAUGGCUCCUGGGGUCCGGGCCUGCCCCCAUCGCUUCUUAGUGCCUGGGGCUGGCCGUGCUGGGAAAUGGCGGCUGGUACCCCCCAGCUGCUGGCUGUUGCUGGAGGAGGUGGGGCGAGAGGGCUUGUAACUGGGCCCAGCGCUGCCGGCCGCGCACAGGAGCCCGACUGUGAUGAUGAUUCUUAUGAAGUAUUGGAUUUAACAGAAUAUGCAAGGCGUCACCAUUGGUGGAAUCGUGUGUUUGGCCGAAAUUCUGGACCAAUUGUAGAAAAGUAUUCUGUAGCCACUCAGAUUGUAAUGGGCGGAGUGACUGGCUGGUGUGCAGGAUUUUUGUUCCAGAAAGUUGGAAAACUUGCAGCAACUGCAGUAGGUGGUGGAUUUCUUCUACUUCAGAUUGCCAGUCAUAGUGGGUAUGUGCAAGUUGACUGGAAGAGAGUUGAAAAAGAUGUAAAUAAAGCAAAAAGACAGAUAAAAAAACGUGCGAACAGGGCAGCACCAGAAAUCAGCACCCUCAUUGAAGAGUCAACAGAAUUUAUCAAACAGAAUAUAGUAGUAUCCAGUGGAUUUGUUGGAGGCUUUUUGUUAGGACUUGCAUCUUAAGGACCUGAAUUUUGUCUUCCUGAUGGCAUCAACCACAACAAAGAACAGUAGUAGUGAUUAGUGCACUGUCUUAAAGCAAAGCAGUGUGGGUCACUGAUCACUCCAGAGCAAGGAGAAUGGACUAGCCAGACAAAUUGGAAGCUUUUAUGUUUUAGGCUUUUGCCUUCUGACGCUUGGCAUAAGAUUUGCUGAAAAACUGCAGUGUGCUCAUAAUAGCAUUUCUGGACAAAACUGGUUAAUUUUCAUCAUUACUUUUUUAUUCUGUGACCAUUCAGAAAAUAGCAUUUUUAAAAUGUAAUUUGUGGGAUAUAGCUAUGUUACAGUAAUAUAAGAAGGAAAGCUCCAUUUUCAAUCUGAUUGUUUUCCAGUUAAAUGUUGUUUUAUCUUUAUUUAAAAGGUAUUGUCCUUUAUGCUGUAGUAAAUAGUGCCAAUGACUAAUAAUGUAUACAAUGUGUAGCUUCAGCCGCAGGGCUGACAAUCUUCCUUAGAAAUCACUGCAAUAAUCUAUAAAUCUGUAAUAACUUUUUACAGAAGUAUUAAGUAACAAAAAAUCAUGAGCAUAUUAAAGGUGAAAAUCAAACCUU